AUGGCGUUUUCAAUGCUACCUUUAUUGGAGGAUAUUGAGAGAAUUUUGCCCAUCGUCUCUCUUGCCUGUGUUCUCCGAAAGGAUGAUGAAGUCCUGAAGUCCGUGGAUAAGCUAAAAACUCUGAAUACCCUGCUAGAAUAUGCCUUCUCCAAAAAGAAUUUUCCGACCUGUGUUCUGAAGCAGGCUGGAGGAAUCUUGGAUUUUUGCAUUGAUGCGAAUUCCUUCAAAAAGGAUUUUUUGCCAUUCGUUGGCCGGAAGCUUCUGCGUUCUCCGGAAUCAGCCAUUCCUAUUCUUGAAGUGAUGCUAAAAGAACUCGAACUAACGGUUGAUGAAAUCGGCCCGGAAAUAGUCGAUCCAUUGAUUAAUAAUCUCAUCGCUACCAACGCAAGCAUCCGUGAAGCCAGUGUCUCCUCCCUCGUUUCACUUGCAAAGCUGUGUGAUACCCAUAACUUCACUAGCGUCAUUUACAAUCGAGUUUUAUCCAAACUCACCGGUUCUGACGGUCGGCGUGCGUCAUUGGAAGUGAAACUGACGCUCCUUGACGCUCUCGGCGGUCUGUCGCGAUCGAGUAUGGGGAACACGAAGGUCUAUUCCGAGGUGCUGGGAAGUUUUAUCAGUAUAAUCGUUUCUGAAGAUAAUGAAGAGAUUAUCGAAUCAGUCCUCAAACAGUUGGGCUUGUGGUUAAAGCUGCCAAAAUUCUCACUUAACGAGAGGGCUCAAACUAUCAUAAAGGAGAAACUGUUUUCAAAUAAGACCUCACAUCGAGUUAAAAUGGCAAUCUUCCGGUUCCUUGCUGAAGCCCGUCGAUCAAGUGGGAGGCUUCCGAAGGCCUACAUUCCCCUCCUUGCCACUGCAGCUCAAGAAGCCAAACAGGAGGCGCCUGUAUCGCCCCUUGUGAGUCAGGCGGUCUCAGCAGCAAGUUUGUGGCUCAUGACCACUAGCCAACCGGGCAAGACUCCAGAAAACAUGUGGUCUGUUCUAAGUGGCCUUAAGGUCAGUCCUGAAGGUCAAGCUGCUAUUCCCUUGUGGCUCAAGGAUCGCUUCCUUCUCACCACAUCUUCAGAUGUUCACUCCUAUCUGAUUUCAUCAAUUCAUCUUCUCUUUACACAUCACCUCAAUGAACUUUCAUGCGCACAAAGAGGUGCCUUCUACCGUGUCCUUAUUUUGCUCUGGCUCUACACUGACUCACGUCAUGUCUUGGAGGACAUUCGCUUUUGCCUCAUCACCCACCUAAUCGAGGAGAGCAGGGAUAACCGUGUAAUUUGUCAGUCGGUAAUUCAGGACUACCUCAAUCCCUUGGUGUUGGAGUCUUUGCACAUAGCAGGUGACCUUCUAGUCGCAGGAGCCGAAAAUUCGUCGCGGUUUGGCCGGCGUUUAGUGCAGCUAGUGACCAUGGUUGGCAAGGCGACUUCGGCCACUGCUCUCAAAUUUUUGGAACCCACAUUUAUCGACUCAAGAAUUGCGUCACUCACCGGGAAUUCGUUGUCGCUGAAGGCACUCUCGGCCAGGCAGAAACUGAGUUUUUUUUGCACUGCUCUUUAUCCUCUCAGCCAUCCCCAUGCAGUCGAUUAUAAUCGAAAUGCGUGGAUGAGUCUCCUUGCGAUUGUCGGAUUGCCUCGCAAAGCAGAGACUGAGUUGGCAUUUAACGAAGAGGAAUGCGUUGAGCCAUUCAACAACGUCAUCGAUCGUCUUUUCGGACUGUCUAAACUGGAUGUGGCACAUCGCUUGAUGUUGAAACGGCUAAUAGAAUGGUCUCCAGUAAAAUUUGCAUCGUGCCUGGCCACUCGACUGUGUUUUGAACUCUCCAAUUCCAAGUACACCGAGGUCACUGCAGACGAGGUUGAAAUAAUGUUGACCCAACCUGGCACCCUUUACAAUCGAGCCCUCUUGGAUAGUCUUCCUCGAUACCAGACAAACAAAUCCAACAUCAGGAGAGAAGGAAAACUAUACUCUCAUGAGACUCAAAUGGAUAUUUUAGAGGCCCAAGCAAAACAAAAGGAGCAACAGGUGGAAGCUGAUGGCAAGGAGCCCAAUUUUCUGACCUCUAUUGCCCCCCAAUUAACAUCGAAUCAACUCGAAUUAGUCAAAACUGAGAUGGAAAAGGAAGAACGAAUCCGUAAUUGCGUUUCCAAACUCUUCAAGGAGGGGAGUCACUUAGUAAACCUUCUCACUAUCCUAAACGAUACCCUUCUUAAUAUGCGUAAAGACGGUCAAUCAGCUCCGACUGAAUUCCUAUUGCGCAACUCCUUUAACCUCUGGAAUCUCACAAUUAAUCUUUUGCAACAACCCCUUCUCUCUCCCCUCGUAAUCGCCGCCCACAGUCGUCUUGGACGUCUGAUAGCUGAAGCAGGUAUGUCUGCUGCCGUUGCCGACGCAAGGAUGCGUUUUCAGAAGGCCCAGCUUUUCUCCGCCUGGUCAAUCAGAGUUUUGGCACCCCCUCGAGUUUAUUUGAGCAAACAGCCACCGGUUCCCUCCUUCCGAAUCACUUCUUUCGUCGAUGAGGAGUCGAUUUACGCAGAAAACGGGAAUUGGCAUGCACUCUGUCAAUUUUCAACUCUCCGAGAGCAAUCUGAAGCAGUUACUGAGUGUCUUCGAAAAGAUAUCAAGAAACGAACGGCUUCAGGGGGUAUCGUCAUCUCCGCUGCCAUUCUCAUUUUCGAUAGAAUCCUUGCUGAACACUCCACUUUUGCGCACUUAGAAAAGUUAGAGGGUGCCGAAAACAUUGGGGAAGAUGCGAAGAGAUGGGCCCUUUGCGCGCAUUAUGGUGGAUUUUUGGCUACUAUUUGGAAUCAAGUCCGUCCAGUCGAAGGAUUUUAUGAGGAGAUUGGCUCCCAUUUACAGCUAUGUGAAGCACUGAAAUUCGAUGUUAUUUAUAGGUUCCUACUGCACCUAAUUGAACAACACUCAUUGGCUCUGGAGUUGGGUCUAAUUGUUCAAGGCAACAGUACGGAUGAUGAUGGUCUAUCAGCCUUUUCCAACGACGUGUUUCAAAAUACAGUGCAACUUCACAUUCACUACCUCCUUUACAUACUGCAAUGCCAACCGGAAAAGAGAGAAAUCAUCCUGGUCUCAACAAUCCCCAUUAUUUAUGGCCUAAUGGAAAGUCUUGUAGCUUCAACGCAUUUCACUCGGUCCUCUGCCUUGACGGGCAUGAUUAACUUAGCAAAAUAUUUUCCGGAUCUGUUCACUCAUUCCCCCUCUCCUCCCAUCACCACGAAUGUCACCCGUGUCAUCUGUAAAAAUGGAGAUAACGGUGGGGAUAAACAGGAUGCUGCUUCUGCUGCCGACAUCAUUGACACGAAAUUGCCCGGUGGAAAUCUGAACAAAGCACAAAAGAAGAAAAGAAAGCGAGCUGCUUUGGCGGCCGUUUCUAAUAAGGCCAUGGGUGAGGGUCUGCAUAUGGAUGAGAGCAUUGCAGACGCCACUAACUGGCCCAUCCUCUGUCACAGUGCUAACAGUCAACUGAGACUCUUUGUCUCGCGAUGCGACCCCUUUGUGGAAGUGGCUGUUGACGCUGAUAGGUUGUGGGCCGCUGUGGGUUUGCGCGACAGUUGUGAAUCUGAAGAGAAGGUAAAAUAUACAGAACCUGUUGAUGAUCAACAAAAAUGUCAACAAGAAAAUCAACAAACGACGACUAUUGGAAAUGGAGAGGAGAAAAAACAAAAACAGCGGCGUCGAUUUGUCCUACUUCAACAUCCAAAAGACCCUGACGUCCUCCCUCCUGCUGUGCUGGCGACUCGACUUCUUCUGGAGUGCCUCAGAAAGUCUGCUGACAUCCAAAAGGCAUCUGCCUGUGCCCUUCAGCGGUGUCUCAAUGGAAAGUCUCAAGACGAGAUUGGUUAUGUCAUUGACUACUGGUUGGACGUUUAUCGUUGUCUAAUGGAAAAACCCCAGCCAAAGGUGGAUUCCCAUGGAAAGCCGAUUGAGCAGUUACCGCCAAAGUAUACUAUGCAGCGAAUUGGUCUUGCACAUGCUCUUGAAGCUAUCGUGAGUUGUUCUCGGACACCAGGCUACUAUCUAGCCUCCGAGCAAGAAGCUGUUCCUGCCGAGGAGGUGAACGCGAAGCAGCAGAAGGCAGGCGCGUGGCUUCAAAAGAUUUUCCGAUUUCUUGUGGAUGAGGGUCUACACGACACACAGGAGGAAGUGCGAUGUGCCCUCUUACAGGCCGGUCUUGGGGCUACUCGAAAUUAUGGAGUGACAAACCUGCAGCAAUUACUCCCAAUUUUGGAAACUUUUUUAAACAAAGCACCGAACAUAGAGGAGCUGGACAUGGUCCGACAGUCUGUUGUUGUCCUUCUGGGCUCUCUGGCGAUAUACCUUGGACAGGAGGACUCUCGAGUUGGGGCUAUUUUUAAUCGUCUCCUUUCAGCUGUCAGUUUUCCUGCCGAUGUGGUGCAAAGGGCUGUCGAGGAUGCAAUGACACCACUGGCUCCGAAGCUGCAUGCCGAUCAGUUGGAGAAAGUUUUUCCUCGUCUUAUGACCACGCUUUUCUCCUCUCUGGGUUACGCGGAAAGGCGUGGAGCGGCGUACGCUCUGGCUGGCAUUGUCCGCGGAUGUGGUAUUGCCACACUGAGACAGAAGGGCAUAAUUGAUAGGCUGCUAUCAGCUUUGGAAGACAAAAAUCCCAAGUUUAAAGAGAGUGCUCUUUUCGCGUUUGAACGCCUGUCGCUUGUGUUGGGCCGAUUGUUCGAACCCUAUGUAGUGAAACUCGUCCCUCAAUUGCUCAGCUGUUUUGGAGACUCAAAUCUGGGUGUUCGCGAGGCCGCUUCAGUCACCAGUCGGGCCGUGAUGAGCAAACUCAGUGCGCAUGGCAUCAAACUUAUUCUACCACUUCUUCUUAAAGUCAUUGAUGAGGACAAUCCUUGGCGAACAAAGUGCCAGGCGGUCGAGGUAUUGGGUACAAUGACUAGCUGCGCACCCAAACAGCUCUCUUCCUGUCUACCGCAAAUUGUGCCUCGGAUUCUCACUGUGCUGAUAGACGCGCAAGUGAACCUCAAGAAAGCUGGUGCCUGUGCUCUGGAGCGAAUCGGAACAGUUAUUCGCAACCCUGAGGUCCAAGCGCUUGUACCCUGUCUGAUCAAAAGCCUGCAGGACCCGCUGACCGACAAAGGGACAUGUCUCAUGACUCUACGGGACACCUGUUUCACCCAUGUGGUGGAUGCUGCUAGCCUGGCGCUUAUCAUGCCCGUACUACACCGUGCCUUCGAUGAUCGCUCCACGUCAAUUCGCAAGGCGGCGGCGCAGAUCUUCGGCACUCUCUACACUCUCGCGCGUCGAGAAGACCUCGAGCCCUACAUCGUGCAGAUCAUGCCCGGUCUGCGGUGUUGCCUCCUCGACCCAGUACCCGAGGUGCGUUCCGUCACUGCGCGCGCCCUUGGAGCCAUGGUUCGAGGCAUUGGUGAGGCCUGUUCUAAGGAUCUCCUGCCAUGGCUGAUGGCGACGUUGACGUCGGAACAGUCCUCAGUGGACCGGUCGGGCGCUGCUCAGGGUUUGGCAGAGGUACUGGGUGGAAUGGGCCUACCGCGACUGGAAUCCAUCCUUCCUGAGUUCAUUCGCACUGCGGAGUCCACUAACGUGCAGCCAUAUGUGCGUGACGGAUACCUCAUGCUUUUCAUCUAUCUACCUGAGGUCUUCCGCAACGAAUUUUCACCCUUCAUUGCUCCUAUCCUCUCGCCUAUUCUUAAGGCCCUUGCUGAUGAAUGCGAGUACCUUCGUGAGACGGCUCUGAAAGCGGGUCAGCGCAUCAUUGAUCUCUUUGCCAAUGAGGCUGUGGAACUAUUGCUGCCUGAACUGGAGAAGGGCCUGCUCAGCGUCGAAUGGCGAAUUCGACUUUCUUCGCUCCACCUCACCGGUGACCUCCUCUAUAAACUUUCUGGGGUGUCUGGAAAGGGAACUACAAAGACCGUCGACGAGGACGACACAUUUGGGACUGAUGUGGCAAGUGAGAAAAUCCUAAAGGCAUUAGGUGAGGAGCGGCGCAAUCGCGUGUUGGCGCGUCUCCACAUUGCGCGCUCUGAUCCCACCUAUGCAGUGCGCAGUGCGGCCAGCCACAUUUGGAAGAUUGUGGUGGUCAACACACCACGCACUCUUCGCGAACUUCUGCCUGUUCUUGUUCAACAGCUUCUCACCUCCUUGGGAUCCACUCUGCGGGAACACCAACAGGUUGCUGGUCGGGCUCUAGGUGACCUUGUGAAAAAGUUGGGUGAGCGCGUUCUUCCUGAGGUGAUUCCACAUCUGGAAGAGGGUCUUAAUUCACCAGAUGAAAACAAACGUCGGGGUGUUUGCAACGGUCUCAUCGACAUCAUGAACAACUGCCAGCCGGAACAAAUUGCCUCUUUCUCCGACCGUCUGACCUCACCAAUUCGUCGAAGUUUGGUCGAUCCAUCGGCGGAGGUUCGGGCCACUGGUGCUCGUGCCUUUGAUCUACUCUAUAGCGCCGUCCAUCUUCGAGCUAUUGACGAGAUUCUCCCCGAACUAUUUGCCCACCUUGACGACCCACAGAAACGUGACUUUGCUCUGGAAGGCCUUUGCCAGCUCCUAGCCAUCCGAGGUCGAGCUGUGAUGCCUUAUCUUGUGCCAAAGCUCACUCAUCCUUGUCUAGAUGCCAGAACUUUUGCCUAUCUCGCCCCUAUUGCCGGGGAUUCACUGGCGCGCCAUCUCGACCGCAUUCUACCUGCUUUCUUAGAGACUGCGGCGAGUGUUGAUGUGUGCGCGAAAGAAAAUGCGGAUCUGCGCUACUGUAGUAUCGUUCUCGCUUCUAUCAGUGAUACUACUGCCGUGCGAACCAUUCUACAGGAACUCAUUACCGGUCUUUCUCUAAGUGACUCUAACGCUACGCAAAUUGAGUUCACCAAUUUGAAGCCCAAUACGUCAGAGUACUGUUACGCUUGUCUACGUCUUCUUAACGUCUACUUGGAGGCUUUUCUUGUGGAUAGUGAGGAAGGGGAAGGGAAGGGACCCCAAUCGAUUCCUGUUCGCCGAAGAGUUAACAAAAUUACGGCAGAUGAAUCUGACGAUGAUGAUAGGGAUGGCGACAGCGGAUCAGGAGGACUAGGCGAUGAUGAUGAUGAUUCCACUACUGGAAACAAUCUUAGUGAUGGCGAUGAUGGUGACUCAUCGGAUUACCGUGAUGUAUUCCUCCGACCAAGAGAUCCAAAGGAAGCACUGAGGCGCCUGUUGCCCGAUUACUAUCCACCACUUUUGCGAAAUCUCUCCAAGCUUCUUGCUGUCAAGGACUUGCCCUUAAUGACCUUUGCCUGGGCCUGUCUGGAGACUAUUCUUAAAUAUUGGUCUGCCAAUUUGACUCCUGGCGACAACGUAGUCGAACUUCAGAAGGCUAUCAAGGCGGCCACUGUGGACUUUGUUAGUAACCAAUUGCGAAUGCAGCGUGAACGUACACAGGAUGUGGUGACAGGGCGAUCACUGCUACUUCCUGGCUUUUCCGAGCCCACUCUGCCUCUGCCCUCUUUGGUGCGCUUCUAUGCUGACUGUAUACUCCAAGGUGGCGUCGAUGCCAAGGAGCCCGCUGCUCAGGGUCUUGCUGAGUGUGUUGCUCUGUCUAGUGGUGAGGCCAUUCAGCCUUGUGUGGUCAAGGUUCUUGGUCCCAUGAUUCGUCUGCUGGGCGAACGACAACCGCCCGUCGUCCGAGCUGCUGUUACUGAAAGUUUGGCCACUCUUGUUGAGAAGUGCCCAACUUCUACGCGUCCCUUCUCACCACAACUGUUAGCCACCUUCUCGAAGGUGCUGAGUGAUGGAGCGAAGGAGAUUCGUCUUGUAGGCGGCCUGGGUUUAGCCAAUGUGUUAGCCAUCUCACCCAAACUGGAUUCCAUACUCGUUGACAUCUGCACCAUCCUAGCCACCAUUUUCGGCGUCACCAUUGCCAAUCCGCCAGCCAAUCGGCCGCUCGGACUUCAUCAACAAAUACUUACUGCUGCGGCCACAUAUGCAGAUACUCUGCUUCAGUGCCUGCGCAACUGUUUGCAAAAAUCCAUCGGGAAGCCAAAACUAGCCACCCUACGCACUGUGAUUGAUUAUUUGACUCCACUUGGCCGUCUCGAUGACGACGUAGGAGCGGGUAAGAUCGACGCGACGGUCAAUGUCGCUGUCGUACGAGGGGCCGCCAAUGCCUGCGUAGGCGCCUCCAUUGCCUCCGCCUCUGCCAUCGUCGAUAUAACUGCCUCUGACGUCAUUGACUUGAUGCCGUGGUGUCAGUCUUCCACCUCUAUUCCGGAAACACCGCUGGUCCUCAAAAGUUACGCUCAGGCGGUAAUGGUGGCUUCGUUAUCGUCUCCAAAGACACUUAUUCAGAGCAACUUUGAAGAGGUAUACGAGCAGUGUCGUUUCAUCAUCACCAAGUGCUGCACCACGAAUGAUCAAAGUGAGGUGCGUCAAGCAGGCUACCGAACUUUGGGAUUUUUCCUUCACUCCGCUAUUGUGGAAGGCAAAUCGGAAGAACAAAUUUUAAGCCUGGUCAAAAUUAUCGCCCAAGGAUUGAAACUGAGCUCACCGGAGGAUCGUGUGCUGGUAGCAAAGAUAGUCUGUUGCAUAGCGAGUCGAAUCAAUUUGCGCAGCCUCCUCAAGAGAAAUGAGAGGAGUAUCACCGAUCCUCCACCUGCAUGGCUCUUGAAUCUCGUCAACACCCUGUGCUCCGCCUCAAAGGACAAAAUUACCAAUGUCUGCACCGCCGCCGAGGAGGCUAUUGUAGCACUCUGUCAAAUUGGCGGAUCUGGCGGUGAGAAAAACGACAUCACCACGCUCAUCACUAAGAACCUGAAUUCGAAGGAGAAGGCGCUGUUUGAAGAGACUCUAACCAGAGUACACAAGAGAGCCAUCGGUCCGAUUUGGGGUCGCGAAACCCGGUGGAUCGACAAUACCGAAAUUUACUUGCCUUCGUAUACCUCAAGCUUUUAA